AUGACCACACUAAUGCCAGCAACACUUAGAGUACACAGACAUAGGACCACAUUAGCUCAUAUAAAUAUCACAAGAACACUAGAAAACCCACUGGAAGAUGGAAAACGGGGCAAAUUGCCUUAUAAGGAGAACCCAGGAGUUCCAGAACAGUCUACAAAACAUGAAGAGACUAAAUCAACCAAUAAGACGACCACAACAACCCAAGAAAAGUCCAAGAAACACGGACAGAACAGCACUCUGUCCAACAGGAGGACCACGAGAGCCCCAGAAGGUUCCAAGGACCAUGGAGGGAAGACCACAGGAGCCCCAGAAGGUUCCAAGGACCAUGGAGGGAAGACCACAGGAGCCCCAGAAGUUUCCAAAGACCAUGGGGGGAAGACCACAGGAGCCCUAGAAGGGUCCAAGGACAAUGGGGGGAAGACCACAGGAGUCCUAGAAGGGUCCAAGGACCAUGGGGAGAAGACCACCCUAGCCAAUGGGAAGAUCACUGGAGCCCCGGAAGGGUCCAAGGACCAUGGGGGAAUGACCACAGGAGCCCUAGAAGGGUCCAAGGACCAUGGGGAGAAGACCACCCUAGCCAAUGGGAAGAUCACAGGAGCCGCAGAAGGGUCCAAGGACCAUGGGGGAAUGACCACAGGAGCCAUAGAAGGAUCCAAGGACCAUGGGGAGAAGACCACCCUAGCCAAUGGGAAGACCACAGGAUCCCUAGAAGGGUCCAAGGACCAUGGGGAGAAGACCACCCUAGCUAAUAGGAAGACCACCGGAGCCCCAGAAGGGUCCAAGGACCAUUGGAGGAAGACCACAGGAGCUCCAGAAGGGUCCAAGGACCAUGGGGAGAAGACCACAGGAGCCCUAGAAGGGUCCAAGGACCAUGGGGAGAAGACCACAGGAGCCUUAGAAGGGUCCAAGGACCAUGGGGAGAAGACCACCCUAGCCAAUGGGAAGAUCACAAGAGCCCUAGAAGGAUCCAAGGACCAUGGGGAGAAGACCACAUCAGCCAAUGAGAAGAUUACACAAACUUCAGCCAAAUCUACAAAACACGACAAAUCUGUCACUAAUACCUCUCCUGAUCCAAAUAAAACUGAUGUUACCUAUGAGGUGCCAUCUUUUACACUCACUAAAUCUCACAUGGAGCUGAGUUUUACCAGGGCAGAGACCCCAGGCAACAAAAGCCACCCAUAUCAGAACAAAGAUGGCUCACAGAGAGGUCUUCAUGCUGGAGGAACGAGAGAGAAUGAUUCGUUUCCUGCAUGGGCCAUAGUUAUUGUGGUCCUGGUGGCUGUGAUUCUCUUCCUGAUGUUCCUUGGCCUUAUCUUUUUGAUCUCCUAUACGACGAAAACACGCCAUGCACUGAUCCAGAACAAGAAGGACAAUGACCCAGAGGAUGAUGGGGGCCCUAACUCCUACCCAGUCCACCUGAUGGAGCAGCAGACCCUCGGCAUGGGCCAGAUCGCUUCCCCACGGUGA